GGGGCUCUUGGGAAGAUUCUACAAUAUUCUAGAGGCCGCGGGGACGCCUGGUGGGUAGGGCUGCAGCUCCGGAGCCUACGGGAGUCUGACCCUCUCGCCUCCUGGCGGGAAGCUCUUGAGGAGAUAUUUUCUUUUCUAAACACUAAGAAAUUUGAGGAUGGUGGGGCAAAACGACUAACUCCCACUUUCCUGUGACUGUGUAGCCGGAAAACUGUCAAAAUCUGUGGAUAAAUGUAUGAGACAAGAAGAAGAAUGGCAUCCAGAAUAAAUACCAAUUUCACUUUGAUUCCCAACCAGAAACUUAGACGUAGUAAUCGUCAAACCAGCUGUUAUUCCAAGACCCUUGGCUCAGGCUUUCAACCCACAUCAACAUUUGGAAAUUUUAAAGCCUUACCGUUGGAAAUAUUCCAGAUAAUUCUAAAAUAUUUGUCAGUGAAGGAUAUCAGCAUGCUAAGCAUGGUGUCCAAAACAGUCAGCCAACACAUUAUUAAUUAUAUCUCAACCUCAUCAGGGAGCAAAAGACUUUUACUACAGGACUUUCAUAACCUUGAGCUGCCUGACGGGAGACAAGACUCUGCUAUACUGGAGCACUACAGAUCUCUAGGUCUACUGUUUAAAAGAUGCACAUUGCUGCUACCCACCAAGGAAAGGCUAAAAUACAUUCACAAGAUACUCACAGAAGUUUCCUGCUUUAAAUUCAAUGGCUGCGCAGCUCCUAUGCAGUGUUUAGGAUUAACAUGUUAUGGCAUGUUUUUACAGACCUUAACAGCAGGUUGGGAUGAACUUGAGUGCCAUCGUGUUUAUAAUUUCUUAUGCGAACUGACUAAUCUCUGCCGCAAGAUGCAAAUGGCUGUCUGCAGCAAACCAGGAAGUGCCCGAAAACUGGAGUUAAGAAUCAGACUCUUCUGUAGGAAUGUCCUCCUUGAUCAUUGGACACAUCAAAGUGAUUCUGCUUUUUGGUUGACACGAAUAUUAAAACCAUGGCCAAUGGUGAAUCAGGCAAGAUUACUGUAUAUCAUCUUUGGGCCAAUAUCUCCUCAAGAUGGACAGGUGGUUUGGCAGAAAAUGAUAGAAGAACCUACAGAUGAAUUCAGUCUGAAAGGUUUGGCUGAUGCCAUUAAGUUACUAUAUGAUGCUAGCACUAAAGAGUGGACAGCAGAUGAUGUUAUCAGUCUUGUAGAUGAACUAUCAGUGGUUCCCCGUGAAUGGCUUCUAGAGAAUAAUGCACGUCUCCUAAUGCUAAGUGGAAACAACAUCUGUUUCACUUUCAUGGCUAGUAAAGCUGUGAAUGGACGGACCAUUGAACUGGCAAGGCUCAUAGUCUUUUUGGCUUUGGUGUGUGAGAAAGAACUAUACUGCAUGGAUUGGACUGUUAAAAUGAUGCAAAAAGUCUGCAAAGUCUUUAGCACUCCAGUGGAAAGAAAUAACUUCCUGCAGAGUGUGGCAAAUGCAUUUGCAUGUGUUAUAAUGGAAAUGCUGCAAUCAAUUAUGUCUGGAGACCGUGAUGAAGAUGACAGAAGCUUUUUGAAUUUGUUCCAUCUUGUACAUGCUCAGGCUAACUUCCAUAAGGAGGUCCUGUAUUUGACCAUGAAUACUCCUCUGUCUACCUAAAUCCUCAGAAAGCCUUGCCUUUAGAGAACCUCACUGAACGAAUGAUUAGAGGAGUGCUACUUUUUCACUCAAAAAAUAGCAUCCAUGGGACUUUUUAUCAUCUAAAUAACCUAAGAAUUCAAAAGCUGGAUAGAAUUUUAAAAGCAACUACGUACAUCAUUAUUAAUAUAAAAAUAACAGGCAGACUCAAGAAUGUACUGAGAUUUCUCUGGAAAACAAGCUCUGCCUCUACAGGUUUUAGUCAACCUAACACCAAACCAAAAUAGAAUGUUAGCUGUUCAAGAAUCUGGGACCAGCCAACCUGUAUGUAUGCAUUUUUGAAGCAAGAGAAAAUUCCAUUUUAUAGUUAGACCCAAAUUCACUAAAUAGUGUGUAUGUUCACUUUGUCUAAGUUGUAUAGACAUAGCCCAGAAUGUUUUGUGAAGAUUUGCAAUAUGGUGUUUUGGAAUGUGUAGAAUACAAAUCACAAUUUUUACUACCUUCUUGGCAUAUGCUUACAAAGAACAUUAUAUUUUCUUCAUGUUUUACAUGAACCAAUGGAUAAAAAACAAAGUAUACAUAUAUGUCUCUCUCUCUCUCUCUCUCUCUCUCUAUAUAUAUAUAUAUAUACACACACACACACUCAGAGACAUAUAUUUCCUUCUUUAAGAUAAUCAUACAAAGGGUCUAUACAUACAGGAAGGUAUAUAUUGUCUCAAUACAAUCAAAUCAUCUUUUACUGGGGAUUCAAAUAAAAUGUAGCAAAUAAGAGAAAAAUGAAAUGAAAGAAAAUAGCUAUUCUGCUGCCAGAAUAAUCUUUACAAAUAGUUUUUACUUCUUCCUAAAGUUUUUCUCCCUAUCUUAAAAAGUGAGAUUUGGCUGGGUGCAGUGGCUCACACCUGUUAUCCCAGCAAUUUUGGAGGCUGAGGCAGGAGGAUCCCUUGAGUCCAGGAGUUGGAGGCUGCAGUGAGUUAUGAUUGCACCAUUGCACUCCAGCCUGGUGACAGAGUGAGACCCUGUUUCUAAACAAAACAAAACAAGACAAAAAAACAAGAUUUGACAAAGGAAACUAAAAGUGUGAGUGGUUUACAGCAGCCCAUGAGAGAGUGGGGUUCAGUUCUCUUCACUCAAGUAUAUAGAUUCCAAGAAGCUGCAGGACUGUUUCAGCCUGACUAGCAUCUGCCACUACUGCUUUUACUUUUACUAGUAAAGUAGAUAAUAAUAGUGGAGUCCUCCUGGAUCUCCCAUCCCAUUUUUUUCUCCUUGGGUUUGAGCACUUUACUUCUGAAGACACAUUGCUUCCACCUGGACUUCUCAGAGGCUGGCCUUCUUUACCCAAGCUCUUGAUUUAACUCACCUUUGGAGCUGAUGAAGGAAAGAAACACUAGAAGAUAUGGAAAGUAUCUGCAGAAGUAGGGUGUAAAUUGUGGGAAAUUCUGAAAUGUUUGGUAAGAGGGACUCAGAGAUGAAUAGGACUGAGGAAGAGUGAAAAUUGUGGAGAAAAUACAAAUUGUGAGAACAGGAUUUUAUUGUAUUUCAGUAGUAAAGCACUUACCUUCAUUUCUGGAGGGUGAGAAGUUUAACUGUCUUUCUUAGAUGGAUUUUCCAACUGCAAUUCCAUUGGUGGCAGGAAUUUUUUUCUCCAGUUUUUCAUUAGCAUAUUUAUGCAAAAACAAAGUUCUUGCUUUUAUCCUGGUUUAAUUUUCUUCUUCUCAAUGUAAGAAUUCACCCUCAGUUGAAUUAUAAAUGGAAUUGAAUUAUAAAGAUUAAAAGUUGGCAGAUAUCAGAGUAUAAAAUAAUACCUUAGUUUUUUCAUUUUCCCCUCUCUUUUUUCCUAUACAUGCUUGCAAAGCAUAGAUCUAUCAAAACACUGAUUAUUCCAAGUUAAGAAUAUACCUCUUCAACUAUCUGUGAGGGAAAGAAAAAAUAAGGAAAAAAGCGUAACAUAUUUAAAUAUAAAUCGUGAAAUUUUAUUUUUUUUUUUGAGACGGAGUCUCACUCUGUUGCCCAGGCUGGAGUGCAGUGGUGUGAUCUUGGCUCACUGCAACUUCUGCCUCUCUGCUUCAUGCGAUUCUCCUGCCUCAGCCUCCCCAGUAGCUGGGACUACAGGUGUGUGCCACCAUACUCGGCUAAUUUUUUUGUAUCAUUAGUAGAGACAGGGUUUUGCCAUGUUGGCCAGGCUGGUCUUAAACUCCUGACCUCAGGUUAUCCACCUGCCUCAGCCUCCCAAAGUGCUAGGAUUACAGGUGUAAGUCACCAUGCCCAGCAAUAGUGAAUAUUUUUAAUAUUUUAUUAAAUGGAUUCUAGAUUUCAUUUCCUUAGAGAAAGAAGUUUGGCAUUGUAAAGUUUCCUUGAAUUCCUUGAAUUAUUCCAGUCUCCACAGCAAUUAUUUUUAGCAAGUUUACAAAAGAAGCAUGUAAAACAUAUUUGGUCUGGGUUUUGAAUCUUCUUUAUACACUUGAACUGACAUGACUGCUGCUGUAAUUUUAAAAAAAAACCUCAUUAUUUAUUUCAUUAUUCUCAAUAAUUGUGAGAUUAUUAUAUCAUCCUUACCAAAAAUUUGGAACAUAAAAAGUUUGAUUCAUUCUUUGGGUGCAGGAAAUAAACUGUGUCAUUCUGCCACCAAUAAAAAGCAAGCUGACAAAUUGUCCAUUCAAUUGUUAAAACAUAUAAAUAACAUUUAUGACCAAAUUUGGAGUUUUUUCAAUUCAGUGGUCCAUUCUUUUUUGCCGAAUACCUUUGUCAUGAGGAAUAAAGUGUAAUGUCAAAUUUUAAAGGGGAAAUUAACUUUUAAAAGCAUAUGUUGUUAUUACCAUUAUUAUCAAUGUUUAAGUGAUGGUAUAGGCAGUCAUACUCUCACAAAAAAAGAGCAUUUGGAAAAUGAAUAGUUUAAAAACAUUAGGAGACUGUCAAUUUCUCACUAACUCUGGAACAGUCAUAACAACAUAACUAUGUAAAGUACUAACAAGUCAGAUAAUUUAGCCUGUACUGUUUUUUAAAGUAGAAGAUUGGCUGCUGGGCGCAGUGACUCACACCUGUAAUCCCAGCACUUUGGGAGGCCGAGGCAGCAGAUCACAAGGUCAGGAGUUCAAGACAAGCCUGGCCAAGAGACCAGCCUGGCCAACGUGGUGAAACCCUGUCUCUACUAAAAAUACAAAAAUUAGCCCGGCAUGGUGGCGGGCGCCUGUAAUCCCAGCUAGUUGGGAGGCUGAGGCAGGAGAAUUGCUUGAACCCGGGAGGCGGAGGUUGCAGUGAGCCGAGAUCACGCCAUUGCAUGCCUGGGUGACAGAGCAAGACUCCAACUCAAAAAAAAAAAAAGAUUGGCGUAAAUUAGCAGACCUGGGCGCCCAGCUCCUUUUUCAUUUUUGUAAUGAUUUCCUCAGCCUCCUUUGACUUUGAUUUGGAGAAUGAUUUUUUACUCCCUUAGAAGGCAAGUUCAAUAACACAUUAUUAUCUUUAUCUUUAUUAUUAUGUCUACACACACCAUGCACCAUAAUAGUACUAACAAACUAAUGAUGCUAUCUUCCUUAGAAACUAAUUGAAAAUGUACAACUUGUGAUAAGCUCUCUGUAUCUUGUGAAACUAUGAAACUUCAACACUUUUUUGGAGGAUUCCUUCUCAUGCCAAUUAUGAGAUACCCAACAGAAGGUACAGCUGGAAAUACCAUCUUAUGUCAAUGAAUAACAAACACUAACCUCUUUGUGAUUAUUACUAAAAGGUUAACCUCUUUAUGCAAAUAGUACUCAAUUGUAUGAUUACAGAUUUUUAUGUCAAUAAAUAUUGUGAAGGGUAAAAAUAAGGCUAUUACAAAAGCCUCUUUGGUUAUUGGAUAUCUUACUAACAAUGUGACUUCUGUAGCACUUCCACUAGCAGGUAACUGUGAAACCUGUAAGAAAUCAGGAUAUGGACAUAUGCUCCUUGGUUUUUGAGGCAUUACUAAGCUAGGAAAGGUGACCUGAAAGAUAGCUGUAUUGAACAGUCUUCUCCAGGUUAAAAAAGAAAAAAAAUUCCAAAGGACUAAGAUUGCAUUCUUUUCAUCAAGAAAACAAAUAUAUUCCAUUUAAGGGCAAGAUUGAAAAAAAAAAAAGAAGAAAAAUAUAACUCCAGAAAAUUCCUCAAAUAACUAGAGACUGAAAAAAGAACCCCACAAACCACAACGAUUUGGCCUUUGAAAGACUCUUAAAUUAAAAUAAUAAUAGUAAUACUUGUAGACAUUCCGAGAUCACUGCUUUCUUAAAGGUGCGUAUAACGAAAAUAUGCAUUGCUAUUUCAGAAGUAUUGUUUUUAUGGUAAAAUUUCUUUGAUACUAAAUAUUUGAUAUUUGCUAAAUUUUGUUUAUUUACUAUAUUAAUAAAACUAUGUUA